GCUGGUGAAACGAUAGUCGCCGUGAGUCCUCAGGCAGCUGCGCGCGAGUCCACCGCCGACCACUUCGCUGACUCGUCGCGACAUCGUACUUCCGUAUUCUACCUACCGCCUUACCGCUUUCGCUUCGUAAACAGUUUCCGUGCGACGAUACGUGUUUUAACAAUACCGGAGUGUGGCUAUCGAGUUCAAACGUACGUCUUCAAAACGCCGGGGUGAUGUCUUAUCGCAAUUAGAGAUCUCAACCACUAAAUAUGGCCGAAAUAGUGCCAGUCCGAAGACUGUUGCUAACGUUAGCGAUAUCACUAAUCACAAUAAAAUCAGGCUUCUCUGAUCCAGAAGUGUAUUACGAGAAGCAGCGGUAUGAUGGGUGGUUCAACAACAGAGCAUAUCCAGAUUGGGGUUCCGUCAGUAGUCGCCUCACUCGUAAAACGCCUGCAUCAUACGCCGAUGGGGUCUAUAUGAUGGCUGGAGCCGAUCGUCCAGGCGCCAGAACGCUCUCCAAGAUCUUCAUGAGGGGGCAGGACGGGUUACCCUCCUUGGCUAACAGGACUGCAUUACUUGCGUUUUUCGGGCAAGUGGUCACAGGGGAAAUAGUGAUGGCGUCGGAGUCCGGUUGCCCCAUCGAGCACCAUCGCAUCCCAGUGGACAAAUGUGACCACAUGUAUGACCCUGACUGCGAAGGCGCCAAGUACAUGCCCUUUCUAAGGGCAGCUUACGAUCGCACUACGGGACAGAGCCCUAAUAGCCCUAGGGAACAGAUAAACCAAAUGACGUCAUGGAUCGACGGCAGCUUCGUGUACAGCACCAGCGAGGCGUGGGUGAAUGCAAUGAGGUCAUUUCAGAACGGCAGCAUGUCGAGUGAGGGCGGGAUGCCGCUGCGGAACACGAAACGCGUGCCGCUCUUCAACAACCCGGUGCCGCACUACAUGAGGAUGCUCAGCCCUGAACGACUAUUCUUGCUGGGCGACCCGCGCACGAACCAGAACCCGGCGCUGGUGACGUUCGGCAUCGUACUGCUGCGCUGGCACAACGAGCUGGCGCGGCGCGCGCACCGCCAGCACCCCGACUGGAGCGACGAGCAGCUCUUCCAGCGCGCCAGGAGGAUCGUCAUCGCUAGUCUGCAGAACAUAAUUCUUUACGAAUACGUACCAGCGUUCUUGGGGGUACCUCUCCCACCUUACGAAGGGUACCGCCCAGAGGUAGCGCCGGGUGUGACACAUGAGUUCGCUGUAGCCGCUUUUCGCUUCGGACACACGCUGGUCCCGCCAGCCAUACUACUGAGGGACAAACACUGCAGAUAUGGCAAGGCUCCUGGAGGACAUGAUGCUAUCAGACUGUGCCAGACUUGGUGGGAUGGCAAUGACGUAAUGUCACAAGUGCCAGUAGAAGAAGUGCUCAUGGGCAUGGCGUCACAACUGUCGGAACGUGAAGACGCGCUGCUCUGUUCUGACGUGAGAGACAAUCUGUUCGGACCAAUGGAAUUUUCUAGAAGAGAUCUCGGUGCACUGAAUAUCAUGAGAGGAAGAGAUAAUGGAUUACCUGAUUAUAACACUGCCAGAGAAUAUUUUGGCUUGCCAAAAGUGAAAACUUUCAAUGAAAUCAAUCCAGAACUUUUCGAGAACAAUCCGGAUCUUCUGCAAAACUUCAUACAAAUUUACAACGGAGAGUUAGAUAAUAUAGAUGUAUAUAUCGGUGGCAUGCUAGAGUCAACCGGACAUCCAGGGGAAUUAUUCAGAGCCAUCAUUAUCGACCAGUUCACAAGAAUCAGAGAUGCCGACAGAUUCUGGUUUGAAAACGAUAAAAAUGGAAUAUUCACCCCUGAAGAAAUUGCGGAGCUCCGCAAGAUUACCCUGUGGGAUAUAAUAGUGAACAGUACAGAUAUUGGGCCCAACGACAUACAGCGUGACGUGUUCCACUGGCAGGCAGGGGACCCCUGCCCACAGCCGUACCAGCUGAACGCAUCUAAGCUGCCCCCCUGCAAGUACCUAAAAGGAUAUGAUUAUUUCGAGGGCAACGAGUUCGCGUACAUCUACACAUGCCUGAUUCUGGCGUUCGUCCCGAUCUUGUGCGCAGGCGCAGCGUACGGUGUCGUUAAAUUGCAGAACAGCCGCAGGAGGCGCCUCAAGAUACAACAAGAACACCUCAAGAACGCACAGUACAAAGGUUCAGUAGACAAGAUGGUGUGUCGCGAGUGGGUACACGCAUCCCACAAAAGAUUAGUGAAGCUGCGUCUUGGACCGGAGCCGUCCCUACAUGUCACUGAUCGGAAAGGAGAUAAACUGAGAACUGUACCGCUGGAGCAUACUGAUCAACUCACUGUUCUUGAGAGUCAGGAAGGUCGUCACAACAAACGCCCUCUGGUGUUAAUCCGGGCACCGAGAGAACACGACCUCGUUCUUGAAGUCGAUUCCGUCGCUUCACGACGCAAGUUCCUCGUCAAGUUAGACACGUUCUUAGCUCAACACAAGAAGGCAUUGAAUCUCAGUCAGAGUCCUCGUGAACAUAUUCUUGCGACGGCAGAAACAAGAGAACGGCGACAACGCAAAUUAGAACAUUUCUUCAGAGAAGCUUACGCGAUCACAUUCGGGCUGGCUCCUGGUGAGAAACGAAGAAGAAAUGAAGAUGCUGAUCCUGAGUCAAUAGUAAUGAGAACCUCGUUAUCGAAAAGUGAAUUCGCAAGCGCUCUUGGAAUGAAAGCGGAUGCAGUGUUUGUCAAAAAGAUGUUCAACAUUGUAGACAAGGACGGCGAUGGCAGGAUCUCAUUCCAGGAGUUCUUAGACACGGUAGUGCUAUUCUCCCGCGGCGCGACAGAUGACAAGCUUCGCAUCAUCUUCGACAUGUGUGACAAUGAUCGCAACGGCGUCAUCGACAAAGGCGAACUCAGCGAGAUGCUGCGGUCCUUAGUCGAGAUCGCAAGAACAACAUCGCUCAGAGACGAGCAUGUCACUGAACUUAUCGACGGGAUGUUCUCUGAUGCUGGUCUUCAACACAAAGACCACCUCACCUAUUCCGACUUCAAGCUGAUGAUGAAAGAGUACAAAGGCGAAUUCGUUGCGAUUGGAUUGGACUGUAAGGGCGCCAAACAGAACUUCUUAGAUACGUCCACUAAUGUCGCCAGGAUGACCAGCUUCCACAUCGAGCCUUCCAUGGAACAAUCUAGGCACUGGCUGUUACUAAAAUGGGAUUACCUAACAACAUUCUUAGAAGAAAACAGACAAAACAUUUUCUAUUUAUUUAUAUUCUACGUCGUGACCAUAGGCUUAUUCGUAGAACGAUUCGCCCAUUACUCCUUCAUGUCGGAACAUCUCGAUCUACGACACAUUAUGGGAGUAGGAAUCGCUAUAACCAGAGGAUCUGCAGCAUCACUAUCGUUUUGUUACAGCCUAUUACUGUUAACUAUGUCAAGGAACCUGCUAACUAAAUUGAAGGAAUUCAGCAUCCAACAGUACAUACCAUUAGACUCAAGUAUUCAGUUCCAUAAGAUCGUCGCGUGCACGGCGCUGUUCUUCUCUCUUCUCCACACAGCGGGCCACAUGGUGAACUUCUACCACGUGUCGACGCAACCUGUCGAGAAUCUGCGCUGUCUCACUAAAGAGGUCCAUUUCACGUCUGAUUUUAGACCUGGAAUCACUUAUUGGGUGUUCCAAACAGUUACCGGCGUAAGCGGCGUGCUGCUGUUCGUGAUAAUGUGCAUAAUCUUCGUGUUCGCGCACCCGGUGGUGCGCAAGCGCGCGUACCCGUGGUUCUGGCGCGCGCACUCGCUGCACGCGGCGCUGUACGCGCUGUGCCUCGUGCACGGGCUCGCGCGGCUCACCGGCGCGCCGAGGUUCUGGAUAUUCUUCUUGGGACCCGCCAUUGUCUACACUUUGGACAAGGUGGUUUCAUUGCGCACGAAAUACUUAGCACUUGACGUGCUAGAAACAGAAAUGCUGCCAUCAGACGUGAUCAAAAUUAAGUUCUACAGACCUCCAAAUCUAAAAUAUUUGUCAGGACAGUGGGUACGGUUGUCAUGCACGGCGUUUAAGAAAGAAGAAUUUCAUUCGUUCACUCUGACAUCAGCGCCUCAUGAAAACUUCUUAUCGUGCCAUAUCAAGGCCCAAGGGCCAUGGACUUGGAAACUCAGGAAUUAUUUCGACCCUUGCAAUUACAAUCCUGAGGACCAUCCAAAAAUAAGGAUUCAGGGUCCCUUCGGCGGCGGCAAUCAAGAUUGGUACAAGUUCGAAGUGGCAGUGAUGGUGGGCGGUGGUAUUGGUGUCACUCCAUACGCCUCGAUACUCAAUGAUCUCGUUUUUGGCACCUCCACCAACAGAUACUCAGGAGUCGCUUGUAAGAAGGUAUAUUUCCUCUGGAUCUGUCCGUCGCACAAGCACUUCGAGUGGUUCAUCGAUGUUCUUCGCGACGUGGAGCGCAAGGACGUCACCAACGUUCUCGAGAUCCACAUCUUCAUCACGCAGUUCUUCCACAAGUUCGACCUCAGGACCACCAUGCUGUACAUCUGCGAAAACCACUUCCAGCGUCUGUCCCGCACGUCAAUGUUCACGGGCCUCAAGGCGGUGAACCACUUCGGGCGGCCCGACAUGUCCUCCUUCUUGAAGUUCGUGCAAAAGAAACAUAGUUAUGUGUCUAAAAUCGGCGUGUUUUCAUGCGGUCCGCGGCCAUUAACGAAGUCCGUGAUGUCUGCGUGUGAGCAAGUGAACCGGACGCGGCGGCUGCCUUACUUCAUACACCACUUUGAGAACUUCGGGUAAACCGGCAUCGAACUGUAUAGGCUAUCUAGUGAAGUUGGGUAUUGGCUAGUUGAAAUUUCUUAGGCAAUCUGAAAUUAAUAGAUUAUGGAAUGUACUAAUGCUUCUAUCAAAAUAUAUUUUAAUAUGAAUUUAUAUUUCGAUUUCAAAAUUUAUUUCAAAACAUUAUGAUUAAAUAGUAGAUAUAAUUAACUAUUCAUUUACGUAAUUGUUUAACUUUUGAUAUUAGACAUGCAAUACGAAAUACACAUUUGAUAAAGAUGGUAACACUAUAUUUUGCGAGUUAUAUUCAACAGUCUAAUACCCUUAACGACGUUUCCACAUAAAUAUAUUCCUACGAAUUUAUUCGCCGCGAAGAUUUUUCGCAAAAGUAAAGUUCCACAAACAGCUUUACUUUAGGUUAAAUAUUACGCUGCAGUAGAAAAUUGAUUUUAUCUCGAGGUUUUUUAAUAUAAUUAACGUUUUAGAGGCUUAUCUAGAUCUUGAAGAGCUCCGUUGCUUUUAAAAUGAAUUAAAGGUACCUAUCUACGAAUACUAAUUAAAGCAGUAAAAUGUACUUUACUCUUAAGAAAUAAGCUUUCAAAUAAAUAUUUAGUGUGCUUCGAAAUAAUAGUUCUCCCACAAUUCAGGUGUUCAAAACAUACUUUUACUUUACUAAAACGUUCCUUUUGGGUCAGACUCCUUGAAAUAUACUUUUUAGGUUUCUUUUAAAAACGCAAUGUCAAAAUGACCCUUUAUAAGACUUCUUUAUGAACACUAUAAAUGGUUCUAUCGAAGAUCUGUAACUAAAAUAUUUGCUAAACUUUUCGCGCUCCGACCUGCUUUUCAAACGUAUCACAUGAAAAUGUGUCCUCACAUUAUGGUUAAUUCUAACUUAUUUAUUCAUAACAUUAUAUUAAGCUAUUAUUUUAAUCGAAUUUUAUUAGCAUUAAAUUAGUACAAAAUCACAAGACGCGUUUUAAUGUACAAAAUAAAUUAUUUUUUAAACAUAGAUAAUUUAAUACUCACUUUGGUCUGUUUUUUUUUUCAAAAACUGUGUAUUUGUAAAUAAUGUAAAAUACAAACGAUUGAAGUAUUGGCUACUAGGUUAAUAAGUAGUUGAUAAUUUAAUGUAUGUUUUAGAGUAUUAUGUAAAUAAAUAUAUUUAUGUCGCA